AUGUCGGACGAGCAAAAGUCUUCGGUAGCUACUCCAGCGCCGUACUAUAUUGCCAAGUCAAAUGUGUGCGUCAACAGCAAAGGAGAGAGUGUCGGAAAUGGCUUAUUUGCGAAUCAAAGAUUUGGUGCUGGUGAAGAGAUUGCGAGGUUUAGGCGUCCGCUUGUGGGCUCGUUAGAGACGGAACGCCUGCUUGAUACUUGCGCGAAUUGCUAUCUUUGGACCGAAGGCUCGUCGGCGGGAACACGAUUGUAUGCUUGCCAGAAAGAAGCUUGGAACCGUGGUCACAAACAUGAGUGCAAGAUCUUGAAGCCAAUGGCAGGAAGAGGACUUCCAAAAGCGUUUUUGGCUUCUAUGGAGCUUCUUACACGACGGAAGCAUGGCUUGAUUUCCGACCAAGAUUGGGAACUGCUUUGCCAGCUACCAUCUCACAUUGAUGACUUUAAGCGAAAUGGAACCUACCCGAACAUUGAAUUAAUGGCAAUGGGGGCGGGACAGUUCUCUUUGUCACAGGAUAUGUUCGACAAGGACUUUGUCGCCGCCAUGUAUGGCCGGGUAAUGUCAAACGCCCUGACACUCAUCACACCCACAUUGGAUCCCCUCGGCAUCAUCGUGGACUCAACGCUCUGCCACAUGAACCACUCCUGCGACCCAAAUGCAUACAUCAUGAUGGACGGACCUCUAGUCAGCAUUCGCACGCUGCGUCCCAUUAGAAAAGACAAGGAGAUUUUUAUAUCCUACAUCGACACGACGCAUCCAUACCAAAAACGACAAGACGAACUCCAAGCACGCUGGUUCUUCACAUGCCGCUGUGCAAAGUGUCAAGACAAAGCCGUACACCAGGAAGACAACUGGCUCGUCCCUGCGGACCCCAAUUACGCGCCCAGCAAAGACGAAAAGCAGACGUUGGCCAGCACCCAAGAGGAGCUGUUCGCUUUAUACGAGCAGCUCCAAGGUAUUGGCAACGUAGAAGCCGCCAUUCCUGUUCUUCAAAAAUCGCUCAAGACGUGCCAUGAGUCCACGCACUGGCCGCUAUACCGCCAGCCCUACGCCUCGCUCCGCGACGAGCUGAUCGUGAAUCUACUUUCGGUAGGCAAAUUUCAGGAAGCAUGGGCACAAUGCGCAAAGCGAUACAAGUACAUCCUUCCCAAGCUAUACCCCGUGCCGUUCCACCCCGUGCGAGUGGUGCAAACGUGGCAGAUGGCCAUGUUGGCCGCGUAUCUCGCAAGCACGGAAGAGGGUGUCGGCGCCCCGGGCGUAAACAUGGGUCUUAUUGCCAUGAUGCUGGUAAAGCAAGUGCUGGAUGUCGCGCCUCAGAGUCACGGACAAGACAACGCGUUUACGAAGAGCGUGGUGGAGAAAGCGAGGGAGAUGAUUGAGGAGCUGAAGCGGAGCGUGGGCAAUCCAGGUAACGCGAUUAUGAAUCGCGAGUUGGAGGUGCAGAGGGAUAGAUUGAUGGAUAUGGGCGACUGGGCUGAGGAUGGAAAGGCUGUCAAUGUGGAUUUGGUUGAGAAGGCGUUCAGUGUCUGAGGCA